AAAAGGCAACCGAGGAUUAUAAAGCAUCAAAACAUAACAUGUGAUUCAGAAUUCCACCUCAUGACUCUGUCAGAAGAUCCAGACCUACAGCCCAUCCUUUUUGGAGUCUUCCUAUCCACGUACCUGGUCACAGUGCUUGGGAACCUACUGAUCAUCCUGGCUGUUACUAAUGACGCUCAUCUCCAUACACCUAUGUACUUUUUCCUUGCUAACCUGUUCUUUGUUGACAUCUGUUUUAUUUCUACCACAAUCCCAAAAUUGAUUGUGAACAUUCAAACACACAGUGAAGCCAUCACUUGUGUGGGCUGCAUGAUACAGAUGUCUCUUUUUAUACUCUUUCUAGUCAUGGAUGAUAUGCUUCUAACUGCCAUGGCCUAUGACAGGUAUGUGGCCAUCUGUCAGCCCCUGCAUUAUCCAGUCAUUAUGAAACCUCAUUUCUGUGUUUUCUUAGUUUUGGCAUCUUACUUUAUUAGCUUUGUUGCCUCCCAGGUGCAUAAUUUGAUUAUCUUGCAAUCUACUUACUUUAACAGCAUAGAAAUUUCUAAUUUCUUUUGUCACCCUUCUCAAGUUCUUAAUAUUUCCUUCUCUGAUACUUUUACCAAAAAUUUAGUGACAUAUUUUGUUGGUGCUAUAUUUGGUUUUCUCCCUGUCUCAGGAAUCUUUUUGACCUACUACAAAAUAUUUUCCUCCAUUAUGAAAAUCACUUCAUCAAGUGGACAGUAUAAAGUCUUCUCUACCUGUGGGUCUCACCUGUCCGUUGUUUGUUUAUUUUAUGGAACGGGCAUUUGGGAGUAUCUUGGCUCAGCUGUGUCACACUCUCCCAGCAAUGGCAUCAUGGCCACAUUGAUGUACACUGUCGUCACCCCUAUGCUGAAUCCUUUCAUCUAUAGCCUGAGGAACAGAGAUUUUGUUAGUGCUCUGAAGAGAGUCUCUAUAAAAGGAAAGCUUAAUCUCAGACAUUGUUCCUAA